AUGCAAAGUAAAUACAAAAAUAAAAUAUAUAGCUUAGCAAGAAAUGUGUAUAUAUUUUAUGUAAUAAUUAACUUGAAAUAUCUUUUCCUUUUUGGAGUUUCGGUAUUUAUUUACAAAAAUGAGGCAAACAGAAUAAAUUUUCAAAAGAAUUUUUAUGUGAAAUCGUUAAUUAAAAAGAGUGAUAUAUUUAAAAGUAACAAUAUCAGCAAAAAUUUACAUGUUUCGAAAUUUUCCUUAUAUACUAAGAAAAGGCAUAAAGAAGCGUUAGCGAUCAGAAAAUAUCGAAUGAUUGGAACGUCAACAGCCAGAAGGCAUCAUGGGUUAGAUGGCAGAAAGAGAAUAAACAAAGUUACGAUGUUGCCACUUAAAGAAAUUAAACUGCCUGUAAGGAGAUGUCUGAUAUUAGGAAAAAUGGACAACUGGAAAGCUCGUAAAAUUUCCAAGUCGGGUGUGAAAACUCAUAGAAUACAGAGAGUAAAUUUAUUAAGGAAAAGAAUUUAUUUUGAAGAAGAAAAUAGAUUUGUAAAAAUGAGAGUUAGUGCAAGAGGAUUAAAGACUAUAAAAAAAUACGGUCUAGCUUACUGUUGUAAAAAAUUUAAUAUAGACUUAAGCAAAAAGAAAUAUGACGCUGGUUAUUCAUCAAGGAGAAAAAAAAAGAAAAGUCCAGAAGCAGAAGCAGUUCCAACAUAUAACAAUUUAAACGAAAAGCCACCAUAUAUGCAUGAAGAAGCGAAUAAAAUAAUGAAAAACCUUAAUUUGGAUAAAGAAAAUAAAUAA